AUGCAUUGGACUCCUUUGUUGUUGAUCCGUUCAGUAACCUUUCUUUCGAAAGCGUUGGUAGAAUCCAGAGAGUAUACCUUUGUCCAAGAAAGUCACUUCAUUUCCGCAAUAAUGAACGAUCGGGUGACGGCACACGCAAGCAGCAGUGGCACCAUACCCAAAAGGACACACAAGAAGCAGCAAGCUCCGACUAACGUGGACCCCAAAAAGUGGAUUCGAGGCGUUAAUCUCGGAGGCUGGUUGGUGUUGGAACGUUACAUUACCCCCUAUCAGUUUGCCAUUACUUCAUGCCACAUACAAGGCGACUUGUGCUGGUACGAAGGACAGCUCAGCGCACCGCCAACGGAUCAUCCAGACUACAAGCUAUGUCCCGCUAUCAACGCUAUUCCGAAAACCAACAACACAGAAACAACAAUAGAAAGAGAGACUUGCGAGCCCAUCCUCUCUACCAGUGUCUUUGAUGAAUUGGACUAUCCUAUCGAUGAAUGGACACUGGCCCAGGCUUUUACAGAUCGCAGCAUCGGCGAGAAAUGGUUAAACUUUCACUUUGACAAUUUCAUUUCAAGAUCGGACUUGGUGGCUCUCCGGAACGCCGGUCUCUCACAUUUGCGCGUUCCCUUGCCACACUGGAUUCUCCAACAACGCCAGGAUCCCAGAAGUGCAAGCUCGAAUCAUACCGAUUGGGACGUAGACGAAGACGUUUGGAUUGCGGGAGAUCGAUGGAAGUACUUUGUCCGCAUGUGCGGUUGGGCCAGAGAGCUGGGUCUAGAAGUCUGGCCGGACAUACACACUGCGCCCGGUUCCCAGAACGGUUUUGAUAAUUCUGGGGUUCAAAAGGUAGAGCACUCUUGUCAACCUUGGAGUUCUAAUCCAGCGCAUGUCGAACGAUCGCUUCGAUCCAUUCGCGACGUCGUCCGUGGUGUUGUGGAGGAGGGUUUGAGUGACGUUGUCACAGGUUUUGGUCUGCUCAACGAACCCUUCUUGGAUUGCGAUUUUGACGUGUACAAAAAAUUUAUGGAGGAUGGCUUGGACAUUGUCCGAGAUGGGCUCGGAAAGGAGACAGCGGUGUUCGUUCACGAUCAGUUCAGCGCCUCUAAAUACAAUGACGGAUCCUGGUGGCUACCACAACAAGGCAGCAAUUUAGAGAGCGAGGGGCUACAACAUCAGCGAUACCAGAACACUUACUUGGAUAGUCAUUACUAUCAAGUAUUUGCUGAACAGUUUCGCGCGCUAAGCCCCCGCCAGCAUAUUGCCUUUACCUGCCAAGGAGAAACUCACAAAGAUGGAGCGGCAUCGUGCUGCUACUCGGAUCCUCCUCACAAUCGCCAGCCUAGUUUGUCUCAGGGAAAGGGUGUGCAGCGACUUGUCAGCGAGUGGAGCUGUGCAACCGAUACUCUUGUGGUGGACAUGUUGCGGUUGGUGAUGAAAGCGAUUCGCCGGAAUGGAACAGCAGCAUUUUCGGAUCGAAUCAUUUCACCGGAACGCAUGGCCUUCCUGAACAAUUUUGCACAAGCACAGAUGGUCGUUUACGAAACUGCUAAUGUGGGAGUGUCAGGUGGAUGGUUCUAUUGGACUGCAAAAAUGGAGGGUGGUGCAUUUGCCGAGUGGGACUUUUUACGUGGCGUUCGCGAAGGAUGGAUUCCAAAGCUACCAAGCAAGGAAAAUUCCAGUCAAGCCGUUUUUGGCACCUGUCAAGAAAUAAUCUUUCGUACCGAUGACGAUAUGGAUAUUAUACAUGAGUAUCCACCGCGCGAAGAAGAUCCGCCGGCGUGGCAGCUGGAUGACGAUGUGGUGAUAUCCCAUGGCGAGUCAUUGCUUGAAAACGGCCCUUGGCAUGCGAUAGCUCGGAUCCAUUUCCACUGGAUUGCAGUGGCGAUUGUUGCUUGUAGCGCUCUUGUUGUGUUACGGUUGUGCGUUAAACGCGGGAAGCGCCACAGCUACGAAAAGAUUGACUCCAAUGGUUUUUCACUGCACAAGACAAGAGAAGAAUUGUGA